CAGGGUACACCUGUGGGCUCUCCAGGAGAUCACCGCGGGGAAGAGCGAAGGCUCUGUGCAGCCGGGCACACAGCCUCUCCAGGAGAUCACCGCGGGGAAGAGAGAAGGCUCUGUGCAGCCGGGCACACAGCCUCUCCAGGAGAUCACCGCGGGGAAGAGAGAAGGCUCUGUGCAGCCGGGCACACAGCCUCUCCAGGAGAUCACCGCGGGGAAGAGAGAAGGCUCUGUGCAGCCGGGCACACAGCGUCUCCAGGAGAUCACGGCGGGGAAGAGAGAAGGCUCUGUGCAGCCGGGCACACAGCCUCUCCAGGAGAUCACCGCGGGGAAGGGGGAAGGCUCUGUGCAGCCGGGCACACAGCCUCUCCAGGAGAUCACCGCGGGGAAGAGAGAAGGCUCUGUGCAGCCGGGCACACAGCCUCUCCAGGAGAUCACCGCGGGGAAGAGAGAAGGCUCUGUGCAGCCGGGCACACAGCCUCUCCAGGAGAUCACCGCGGGGAAGGGGGAAGGCUCUGUGCAGCCGGGCACACAGCCUCUCCAGGAGAUCACCGCGGGGAAGAGAGAAGGCUCUGUGCAGCCGGGCACACAGCCUCUCCAGGAGAUCACCGCGGGGAAGGGGGAAGGCUCUGUGCAGCCGGGCACACAGCACCGCCGGCGCUGCUCCGGAGCAGCCGCACGGACACCGCGCAGCGCCCGCAGCGCCGCUCGCCCCACGGGAGCCCCGCUGCUCCCGAGAACGGGAAGCGGAAGGGACAGCGCCGGGGCGGAGCGGCGUGGGCCGGGGCGAUGGGCUGGUCCCUGCUGGCCGCCGCCUGGUCCCUGCUGGGCACCGCCUGGUCCCUGCUGGCCGCUGUCUGGUCCCUGCUGACUGCCGUCUGGUCCCUGCUGGUCACGGCCUGGUCCCUGCUGGUCACGUCCUGGUCCCUGCUGGCCGCGACCUGGUCCGUGCUGGCCACCGCGUGGUCCCUGCUGGCCGCCGCCUUCCUGGGGGCGCUGACGCUGCUGCAGCAGGGCCCUGGGACGCGGCGCGGUGGAGGCAGCCAGAUCUCCGAGUUUUUCCAGGACCUCCUUCGGUACGGGAAGACGAAGCGCGGGUGCAGGGAGCUGCCGGGCUGGCUGCAGGUGCCCAAGAGGUGGUUUACUCACUUUUAUGUGGUUUCUGUGCUCUGGAAUGGUUUUCUGCUGAUCUGUCUUUUCCAAGCUGAGUUCCUUGGAGAGUCACUCCCAUCAUGGAUUCAGGACAUGCAUCAUGCUCUUGGCAGAGGUUCUCAGAGCAAGGACACGGAUAGUGAGCACUUCUCGGCACUCCUGGUUCUCUUGCUCCUUUGGCUGCAUAGCUGUCGAAGACUUGCAGAAUGCCUCUGGACCAGUGUGUUUUCCAGUGGUGUCAUGCAUAUCGUGCAGUAUUGCUUUGGACUUGGUUACUACAUUGCUGUUGGCUCAACUGUGCUGUGUCAAGUGCCUACUAGUGUCAGGAAUGGAAAAAACCUUUCUGUGCAGAUCUGCUGGUAUCACAUUAUAGGAGUUAUGAUGUACAUUUGGGCCUCUCUUCACCAACACAGAUGCCUUGCAAUUUUAGCUGAUCUUAGAAAAAGUAGAUCAGGAAAGGUUGUAAGUCUGAGCUACAGUGUACCUUUUGGAGACUGGUUUGAGAGCGUUUCUUGCCCUCAUUAUUUUGCAGAGCUCCUGAUAUAUGUUUCUAUGGCCAUCACACUUGGAAUUCACAAUGUCACGUGGUGGUGUGUAGUGAUGUAUGUUUUUUUUAACCAGGCACUGGCUGCUGUUUUGUGUCAUGAGUUUUAUCAGAAAAACUUCAGCUCCUACCCAAAGCAUCGAAAAGCAUUUAUACCACUUGUUUUUUAGAGAACUUUUUCUGAAGUAUCUUCAUUCAAACUGGGAAUAUAAGAUAUUAAUGGUUUAUUAAAACCAAGGUAAAGUUGCACAUUUUCUCUAACUCAAAACCUCAUAAUUUUAAUAAUGAUCUCAUCAAUGUGAGGAAAUUGUGAGGAAGUUUAAGGUCUCUGCAUAUCAUGCAAGCUAAAAAAGGUUUACUGGAGGCCUUAAUUCAAAGUGGAUAGAUGCUAAUUGUGUCUUUUCUCUUUUAUAAUUAUAUUUUAUGCAUAAAACACGCGCAGCAAGUCCAAAUUCAUAUAUGUGAAAGCUAUUAAAAGGAGGGAAUAAUUUGAACUACUGAAUUUCAUGUCUUGACUAAUAUUUAAGCAUAUUUCUUUCCAAGUCUCUUUUCUUUGAAUCACUUCAGAGAGAGGCAAAUUGUGUGUCUUUCUGUGCUUCCCUGGUGACAAUGAAAACCAGCCACUGCUUUGCAACUGUAAGCACAAAAAGUGAUGGAGAAAGCUGCUGUGGAGGAGUGACUCAUGCUCAGCAGUGGAGAUAAACAGACCCAUUUGCUCCAUUAUCCAUUCUGCACCAAAGUGGUUUUGUUCAUUGAUGAAGACUGCUUUAUCCCCAAACUGGGAAAACAGUGGAAGCUUCUCUGACUAAAAAGACAGUAGAAGAGAAUUUGCAGAAAAUUAAUGUUCUUUGUUGUGGUUCUGUUGUCUUUGUAGUGGGUUAUUGGAGUCCCUCCUAUGUUAGAGGGGACAGCUGUGCAGGAUGACCAUGACCACAGCUACACUGUUUUUCAAACAGGUGUAAUGAACUGCCAAGGCAGAGCACACACAGAAGACAGUACCUGACAGACAUUGCAAAGAAAUUCUUUACUUGGGAAAAGAUGAUGUCACUCAGCUCAGGCACUGUUUUUGCACUUAACUAUUGAAUGUUUUGGUCCUUCUCAUGGUACUGGUGUAAAUGAUCAGUUUGGCUGAUAUCGACGAUUGAGAGAGGGACAGGGACUACUGAUUUGUGAUCAGAAUCUGAAUUUUACUGUGAGCUACAUAUACUUAUAUACCAUUUUCAGGAAGGCUAGUUAAUUUUUUACUAUAUUCAUUGAGUUAAACAUCACACAGACAACCUUUACAUUUCUACUUAAAUCUUCUUUCCUGUCAGCCGGUCUUGAUCCAGUCUUCUUGUAAUCUUCAAAGCUCUGUUUGCUCUUGCCAGGGCAUCUUGGUUAUCAAACUGCAUAUGCUAAUUAAAUCUACAGUGCUAUCAGU